AUUGAGGAAACAUUUAAGUCUCUUGAGGUCUCCAAUUCAAAAAUACACAAAAUCUUUAAAGGUGAAGUGUGUCAUUUCUACGCCAACAUUGUCACCAUAACAAAACCUUUCGAGUUGUUUUAUAACAUCACAGAUCCAAUGUGUUUACAAAAUCAUUUACGCUUUUUUAAGCAAAUCAAUCUGCAAAUUGUUUAUUUUAAUUUGUCGCAAAAAAUCACACUUCACCUUUAAUGUUGGAUAAUGUUCCAAGUGCAUUACCCUGAUAGUGCCUCCGAAUGUAUACAACACCUAAAAAACCAAUGUUACUCCGAUACAAACUAGUCGACGAUAUUCUGACGAUGAAAAACGUGUGUGUAUAUUAUUUUGUUAUUACUGUACAAUGUACACAUUUGUUUACCUAGUUGUUUACAAGCUGAAUGAAGUUGAGAGGUCUGAAGUUCAAAUAAAUUAUCUAUGUAAAAACAGUUCUCCACGUUAAUUGAAAUUCAAAUGUCGGAAAUUCAAAGUUGAAAACAUGCGGAUGUUAUUAUUUAGCCAGGAGUGUUGGAUCGGCAAGCUAUUGGAAUAUGCGGCCCAUUAGCCAAUAUUUGGGAACAAAAGGGUAGCUAAGACCUUUAGACCGUACAGUAUAUUAUUUCUUCCCAGAGAUUUACUCGAAAGUCAGGAAAAAGCGUGGGUGAUAUAAAGGAAUGUUUGAGGAGUGGUUACAGUAGGUGAGCAGUAGCAGUUUAAUGACGCAUUAUAAAUGCCCCUGUGGGCCAUUUAGGGAUGUAAACGUGAGAUCCCAAAAUUAGGCAUGACGACCUCCAAAAUCAAAGCUUAUUAUAGACAAGACAUACAGGGAUAUUUGAAGUACACAUUCUACAUUUCUGUCCACCCCGUCUGAAGGCCAAAUGUAAGUUUAUUGUCAUUUAAUAAGAAUAGGGAGCCUACAAAAGGUGACAGGCAAGAGAAGUCAUAUGCGGUCAAUAUGGUAACAAGGAAAAUAUGAAGAUCUGUUUAGACUGAAAGAAUCGGGAAAAUAUUUUGGUCUGUGCUUGCACUGAAUACUUGGCUGUUUAUUCGGUUUUGAUUACAUUUGCCAUCUUUGACCUUCGCGAUUUCUGAUUUUGACUCAUUUUGAGGAAUGUCCCGUCACAGACCACAAUGUCUCAAUUUGCAACACGAUAUAUCAAAUUUUCCUCAUGAUUGACUCUUUUAGCCAAAAUAAUAUCGAAGUUGGUCCAUGAACAUGUGUUCUGUUCCAGACCGUACUGUACAUGUUGCAUGCAUGGGAACAUUUACAGUACAAAUAGUUAGACACAAUUACCUCUGCUUAUGAGCCAUGAGACUUCAAAGUUUUGAGUGUUGAGCUCUGGCCCACCAGACACCCCAUUCCAACGUAGCCAUCUUGCAUUUUACGACUCAAUAUAAGCAAACCAUCUGCUAUUGACAAAUUGUACAAAAAAAAACAUUUACAGGGUCCAGUGUAUAAAAUGUAGUGGCAUCUAGUGGUAAGGUUACGAAUUACAACAAACUCACUCCACCCCUCCGCUUUGAAGCACUACGGUGGCUGACACGGGACUAAGAUUUUUCUUCUUUGCUGAAGGAAAUAAUGUAUUUACGAAACGCAUAGAGAAGUUUGUCCGUUUAGGGCUACUGUAGAAACAACAUGGUGAAUUCCAUGCAAGGAGACCCGUGGUGUAUGUAGAUAGACAUAGCUCAUUUGAAGGUGAUAAAAACAACGCUUCAUUAUGUAAAGUCUUAAUACACGUCUGAAGACAUAGGUAUGUAUUUAUAUACAUAUUGCAUUUGCAUAUUGCAUUUCUGUUAAUAGAUUCUCCAAAAAACAUGGACCUUAAAACAAUGUGAAAGAGUUAUUGUGAGUCGGGAUCCGUGACAGAUGAUGUAUUACAAAAUGUCAACCAUUCCGUUGUUUACAACCCACCUUUUGGCUUGUUUAUUUUUACCAAGCAGGUGCUUCAUGUCACGGUCUGUUAAUGAGUCAUGUUGUACGUUUCAGGAGCAUUCCGGAAAUGCUCUACAAGGAUGUUCAGUCCUGUUCCUGGAGGGCCGCAGCGUUUAAGUCCAACUUUAAUCAAACACACCUUUAACGCCAAGCCAUCCUGGAACUUUGGUGGUUUGAGGUGGUUUUUGUGCGGUAAGGUCUGCACAACGGUGGCCCUCCAGGAGCAAGACUGGAUACCCCCCUGUAUUGCAAAGUUGCACGGCAUAGCAAAACAUAAAUGAAAAUCUGCUGCGAAAUGAAUUUUAAAUUGAAAUCAUCUGCCGACGAUACUGCGCGUUAAUGUCUUUAUUUGUAAUCAAAUUGACAACUAUUUCAAGUAGGAUGCCAGCCAGGAACAUCAUAAGACACACAAUGUGAUUUAUUGUCCUCCUAACCGCGCAGAUGAAGUAAUGAACUUGAUGAAAAACAAAAACAUAAUGUUUUUCUGAUGCAACCUUCACCUUUCUCCUACAUCUGUGUGUUGUUCUUUGUCUGCUGGAAUGAUAUAAAGACACAGAUGUUAAUGCACCAGCCAAUGGCGAGCAAAAGGGGGCCGGGCUGGACCCCUCUUCACUCCAUCCUGUCUUUUAAAACUCUGGGUACUUCACAGAACUCCAUCAGACUUGAAGGACACGGGAAAAUUAACUCAGAUUUUUCCGUCAAGUCACGCAAGAACUUGACAUAACUAUCUAUUUUUCAUUUUUUUCUCCCCCUUUUAUUUAUUUAUUUUUUGUUACCAGCAGUGUCCCGUCAGUGACAGUAUGUGGAACAUCCCAGUGGUGACAUUGGUCCUGUCUACUCUGUUUGUAUUGUGUCUGGCACAAGGGCCUAUCUGGGACAGCUCACAUCUUCGAAGAUUAAACCAAACAGACAGGAACAGAAAACUGGCGUACAACAGCUUCUUAGAACCACAGACCACAGGCGUGACCGAGUGGACAUCCUGGUUUAACAUCGAUCAUCCAGGAGGAAAUGGGGACUACGAGAGGUUGGAGGCCAUUCGCUUCUACUAUCGGGAAAGGGUAUGUGCACGACCUGUAGCCAUGGAGGCCCGUACCACAGACUGGGUCGCAGCUGCGGAUACAGGGGAGGUGGUACAUUCCAGUCUGGAGAAAGGCUUCUGGUGCAUCAAUAAGGAGCAGCCAUAUGGCCGCAGUUGCUCCAACUACCAUGUGCGAUUCCAGUGUCCGCCAGUUCACUCCUUCUGGACCGAAUGGGGCGGGUGGACGCCUUGCUCUGCCACCGCCUGUAAUGAUGUCGGAAUCCAAGUUCGUCAGAGGAAAUGCAUGAGCACGCAGCCUCUUCCGUUACUGCUUUCUCCCAUCUGCGUGGGUCCUCAAGUAGAGCGGAGAGAGUGUUCGACCCCGCCAUGCCAAGCCAUGUGGAGCAACUGGGGUUCCUGGAGCGCUUGCUCGGUGACCUGUGGGAAAGGUCGCAGGACAAGACGAAGAAACUGUCACAGAUCUUCAACCAAGAUCCAGUGCACAGGACGACCCACAGAGGUCCAGAAGUGUGGAAACGCAUGUCCAGUGGCGUGUAAACUUGACUGUACUGUGGGGCGUCCCAGUAAUGACUGCAGCUACUGUAUCUGUCAAGGACCGACAUUACACGGGGAGGUCUUCAGUGUCACAGGUGUACCAGUGGCUAAUGCUACAGUGGCUCUAGCCAACCAAGCCAAAAUCAUCCGUGCUCAAACUGAUGCCCAGGGUCAGUUUAAGAUUGAUGAGCUAUGUUCCACCCUGGAGACCAAAGUAAUUGUCAGCAAAGAGAAGUUUGCUCCUGUCACGGUCCCUGUUUUCAGUAACAGCACUGAUACAUUCUGGGUACGGGCCAUCUUACGAUCCUCAGAGAAACCUUAUAUUGUGAAGCAUCCAGAGGACAAAGUACGGUACAAGGGACAGCGUGCAAGUCUUUGCUGUACAGCAACUGGAAUGCCUAAACCUGACAAAUAUUACUGGUACCACAAUGGAACUUUACUGGAUCGUGCCAUAUACAAGUAUGAUGAAAAAAUAAUAUUGCGGGACCUGAAACAAGAACAGUCAGGACGGUAUCACUGCAAAGCAACCAGUCCAGCAGGAAGCAUCAAGUCUACAUCAGCCCUUCUCACUGUUUUUGCUAAAGGGACACCAGCAUGCAAUGCUACACCUGAAACUCACCUGAUCAAAUUGCCCUCCGACUGCAGGCAGCCUAGAACAGACUCCAAGUUUUACAAUGCAGGUCGCUGUCCACACAACAAAUGUCCUGGGUCAUUGGACUUUGACAUGCGCUGCAAAGACGGAUCCGGCUUCUGCUGUGGGGUUAAACAAAUGGAGCCUCGAGAGAUCAAGUGUGGCCGGUACAACCUGCCUAUCAAGGUUGUGAAGGAGUGUGGGUGUCAGACUUGCGUGGAGCCCAAAGUGCUUGUACGUGGAAGGGUGGUUGCAGCGGAUGAUGACGAACCCUUGCGUUUCGGACACAUUUACUUGGGUAAAGAACGGGUAGGCACGACAGGAUAUCAGGGUGGGUUCACAAUUCAGGUUUCUCCAGACACGCAGCGACUUGUGGUAAACUUUGUGGACCCCUCUCAGAAGUUCAUCGAUACAAUUAAAGUCUUCAUCUUUGACAAGAGAGGAGGGUCGGUCUAUCACGAUGUAAAAGUGAUGAGAAAGCAGGAACCUGUUGAUAUCAACGCUGCAGAAACUAAUACAAUUUAUCUAGGAGAAAUUGAAGGAGAGGACCCCAUCGGUCAGCUGAUUAUACCUCCAAACUCUUUUCACAAAAACACAGGGGAGGUGUACGAAGGAACGGUCAAGGCCAGCGUCACGUUCCUUGACCCGCGCAACAUCACCACGGCCGCUGCAACCCCGGGUGACCUCAACUUUGUUGACGAUGAGGGAGAAAUGCUUCCUCUCAGGACAUAUGGAAUGUUUUCGGUUGAUUUCCGAGAUGAGAAAAACCAGGAGGUUCUAGGUGCCGGCGGAGUCCAGGUCCUCCUUGAUACAGAGCAUGUCAAAAUGCAGGAGCAUAUCCCUGCUAUGAAACUCUGGUCCCUUCAUCCGGACACAGGCAUUUGGGAGGAGGAGAGUGGCUUUCAGCCCAAACAAACUACAAUCACUGGUAAUGGGAGGAACAAAAGAGAGGAGCGCACAUUCCUGAUAGGAAAUAUGGAAAUCAGGGAACGUAGGAUGUUCAACCUGGAUGUACCUGAAAAUCGCAGAUGUUAUGUCAAGGUGCGGGCAUAUAUGAGCGACAAGUUCCUACCCUCUGAGCAACUAGAAGGAGUGGUUAUAAACCUGAUAAACCUGGAGCCCAAGCCUGGCUACUCAUCAAAUCCGAGGGCCUGGGGUCGCUUUGACAGUGUGAUAACAGGACCAAAUGGUGCUUGUCUGCCAGCCUUCUGCGAUGCUCAGAGAGCUGACGCAUACACCGCUUACAUCACAGCCUUAAUGGGGGGUGAGGAACUGGAAGCAGCUCCCUCAUCACCAAAAAUGAACCCAAACAUUAUUGGUGUGUCUCAGCCAUACUUGGGGAAAUUGGAUUACCAGAGAUCGGAUCACGAAGAUCCGGCACUUAAAAAAACGGCAUUCCAAAUUAACCUAGCCAAACCCAACCCUAAUAAUUUUGAUGAAACGAACGGGCCAAUAUAUCCCUACCAGAAUUUAAUUACAUGUGAAAAUGCACCUGUUGCUGCCAACCACUUUCGCUUUUUCCGUGUUGAAAAAGAUAAAUACGAGUAUAACGUGGUGCCUUUUGAAGAGAGCGACCUCACGUCAUGGACUGGGGAUUAUCUUUCCUGGUGGCCAAACCCGCAGGAGUUCAGGGCUUGCUACAUCAAAGUUAAAAUUCAAGGAGCUUCAGAAAUCAUGGUGAGGUCAAGGAACCUUGGUGGCACUCACCCUCAGACCAGAGGUCAGAUGUAUGGCAUUAGAGACAUUCGAAGCACCCGUGACUUACACCAACCGAACACCUCCGCCGCUUGUCUUGAAUUUAAGUGUAGCGGGAUGCUUUUUGAUCUAGAUACUGUCGACAGGACAGUCAUUUCCAUCAUCCCGCAAGCCAAUUGCCGUCGGAUAGGCAUCAACAACCUCCUGCAAGAGUAUCUCAUAAAGCACCCACCUGCUCUUCAAAACAAUGAGUCUCACGCAUUUAAUAUGUUAGCUCCUGUUGAUCCCCUAGGACACAAUUACGGAAUAUACACCGUCACAGACCAGAACCCACGCGUUGCAAAAGAGAUCGCCAUAGGCCGUUGCUUUGAUGGCACCUCAGAUGGUUUUUCCAGGGAGAUGAAGUCAAAUACUGGAGUGGCACUUACUUUCAGCUGCCCCAAAAGAACUGUGAAUCGUGAGAGUUUAUUUCAGCGCUUGCAAACAAAUCCUGGCCUAACACUAACACAGAUGGCCCGGGAGAUGAGGGAGUCCCAAGGACUUCAAGUCAGACGAGGGUCAACCCAAAUGGUGGCCUAUCCGUUCGGCCAACAGGGCAGGAGCCAGAACCGCAGAGCCACGAACACUAACAGAAGACGACCCAUUUCAAGGACACAACCAAGAAAGUAGAUCUUCCUCUAGGUCUUUCGGGUUUAAGAGAACAAAGAAGAAAGGUUUACAAAACCUGCUAUCGAAAUCCACAACUUGGUCAGCCUGGUGAAUUCAGACUUGAUUUAUCUGAACACAUUUAAACUCUUGCUUCUUGAGUAUGGAGAACUGUCGUCUCACAGUUCCCUACUCAAAGUUUACUGCAUUAAGAUGUUUCGGUAACACUUUACUUGAAGGUGUGUUCAUAAGACUGACAUGACACCUUCAUAAUCAUGACAUGACACAUGUCAUGAAUAUGAAGAUUUUAUGCAUGUUUCUGACAACUGUCAUUAAGUGUCAUUCGCUGAUUUGUGUCAUUUUUAAUGCAAAGAUGACAUUGUUUGGUAUGGUUUGGUAUGAAAAAAUGGUUUUAUAACAGUGUCAUGAAUACUUUUCUUGACCUCAACUACAGUGGUACGAAUUAACAUGUUUAUGACAGGUUAUGUUGUCUUGGUAAUGUCAAGUUGUCAUGACAAAGACACUGACAGGUUAUGAUGUAUUGCUUUAUGUCAAGUUGUCAUAACAAAGACAACUCAAACAAUGUCAUCUUUGCAUUAAAAAUGACAUAAAUCAGCGAAUGACACUUAAUGACAGUUGUCAUAGACGUGCAUAAAAUCUCCUUUAGAUUAUGAAGGUGUCGUGUCAGUCUUAUGAACCUCCCUUCAAAUAAAGUGUUACUGAUUUUUCUUGUAUGAUCAGUGCAAACCGGUUAAAAGGCUCAUCCUGGAUGAUUUUAUUUAUUUUAAUUAUUUCAAAGUUUGUGACAGCAGUACAGUCAACAUCAAUCUUUAUGUAGACAACCCUUUACCAGUUUCUACCAGUGUCUGACAGUAAGCCAAACAAGGGGUUGAGGUCAGAUGUGAUGGCUGCUAACUUUUGUUGUCGUUGACAUUGUAUGUUAAAAAAACUGGAUGCAAUAAAGCAAACUUGAGGCCGCAAAGACAUUCCAGUUACGAUUUAGCCACCCUUCAGUCUGACCAAACCACCACUGACCCCAGCCAAAAACAGCAUCCUUUAGCAAAACGGAUUUUCAAACUAAACAAAUCUGCGGUGAGACGUAAUCAAUGAUAUUAUGGUCCUACAGCAUAACUUCAAACACAAACUACAAUAUGGCAAAACUGUUAUGGCUGGCCUAAUUAAAAGUCUUCUUUUGUUAUGAAAACACAGUGCAGGUGUUCUACUCGUAUGAUAAAACUGAUUGUAUAUAGUUUUUUGUGGGUCUCUGUCUUGUUUUUUUCUAGUGCAAUAUUUUGUUCCAAUGACUUGAGAGCCCUAACAAAAAUAGUCUAUGUUAUGAGCCAAUCAACCAUAGGUCUGUUUAAAACGUUGGGCAAUCCCUUAGUAAGUGUAUAUCUGAUUUUCAAAUUACUCCAUGCGUGGGAAUCUGAGUAUCUUGCCAAGCAAAAGCAACCUCUUCUCAUAUUCAGCCAGCUGACAAUGCAACAAACACAGUUGCAGUUUAUGAAGUAUCCCUGGGAUUGUUCGAAAACUGUUUUAAAAAUCCAACUGCGUCUUUUAAACAUUUAACGAAUCAGAGAAGCCGCUGGUCAACUGUAUUUAUUGAAAUACUUUUUGUGGGUAGCGUUGCAAAUUGGAUUUCAUUAUUGUAAUUCAUCUCUAAUCCCUUUAUGGUUUGCACCAACACAGGCUAGCAAGAGAUUUUAAGGCUUCAAAUUGCAUUGUGGGAUUAAAGGCACGUUUGAAUAAAUAAUGGUGCAAAAGUUAAUUUCCUGUGUAUCAAGAGAUGGGUAGCUUAAUGUGGGUCAAGUUUAAACAACACUAUGGAGUAAAAUCAAAUUAAAUAUUCUAUGAAAUAUAAAAACAAAAUUGUACCAAAAAGUGCAAAGUUGUAAUGCUUAGUCCAGACGUAAUUGUAAAAGAUUUUUCAUGUGAAAAGUAUAUAUAAUGUAUCAUAAAAAGCAUUUUUACCCAUAAGUCGAGUGGUGCCGUGGACAUCAUGUUCAUCUACAUUCUUUCCAGUUUUUUGCUAUAACCAAAGCACAUAUCUUUAAACAAGUUAAUAAUGUUUCCGUCCCAGACAGUCUCACCUGAUUCUGAGUCAU